AUGAUCGUUUCUAUCAUCGAACCAAUAUCAAAAAUGCUCAAAAACUUCGUCACAAAGCGCCCCGAAAUUCGGAAUUUGACACUCUUCCACAGCAACGAAAGUUCCGGGGAUCUCUCCCCCAAGUCUCCAAGAAGCGCAAACGCACCCGGCUCACCAAGAGGUGGGUGGGCUUCGAAAAGACCAAAAACAAUACAAAGUUUGACCCCAAGGUUCUCAUUAACUGCACGUAAGCCAGAAAUGUUAUCACCACGUAUUGAACCAAUCAAAAUAUCAGAUAACAUUUCGAUGUCUUCGUGUUAUCAGGAUGUCCUCCAGAACUUAUUAGAGCUUGGAGAUGCUUUCACGUGGUUUUCGAAGGCUCAGGAGUACUUCUUCAAUUGGUUUAGAACAGUAUUGAAAGACACUGAACAAUCGAAGAGAAGCUUUGAGUUGUAUGUCCAGAGCGAUAUGAAAAAGAUCACAUUCGCCAUCACGGGGAGGGUGAAAGAUGUAUUAAAUGGGUUACUCGAGUACUGUUACGCAGAAGAACUUCCACAAAAUGAAAUCGAACUUAUCAAGGAGUUGGGUGGAAUGAGUACAACACAGACUGCAAUGACUUGGAUGGAUGUCACCGAUCAAAAUGCGGUUGACUGGGGUUGGCAAAUACUCGAGUGUUCCAAACUUGCGGUGCGGAAUGCCAGUUUGAAUAAAAAAGAGGAGCAACAAACAGUUCUAGAAUGGGUCACAAAAACACGACAAAAGACGGUGGAUUUGGGACGUAACACUCGCGUCUUAUUCCCAGUCUCCACAAUUUCUUCAAAAGUCGAUAAAGACAACAGAGAUGUUCUCCAUGAAAUUUUCGAUUUGUGUGGCGAAAACUUACCAAUGAAAAUUGUGAAUGCUUCAGUGGGUGGAUGUUCUGACUGUUACGGCCGAAUCACUUUAAAUGAAGAAAUGGCAAUUGAAGCUUCUGCUGUGAUGCUCAAUGUUAAUCAAGACUUAAUGGAUGCAAUUUGUUCAUCGUAUCCAAUUGGCGCACUCAAUACCAAAAGAAUCGAGAGUCUACAAUCAAGGUUCGGUCAAAUCCAAGACGUUAUCUUCCAAAGUCUUGGCCAUGAAACGCUUGUUGGCUCUAAAAUACAAGGGCUCUAUGAAGAAGGAAAUACUUUGCACUUCGGAUUUAGUCUUGGAAAGUAUUGA